UAAUGUAAAAAAACUCUGUUUGGUUAUAAAGAAGAUCAAGUGGAGGUGGAGCUGUAUAUUAAGAUUUAGGAAAUCAUUGCUUUACCUUUUUGAAUACAUUCACUACUUAGGAUCCUAAAACAAUUAAUAAUGAUAUACUCAUAAAUGCAUUACUAAAUUUAGGUAUAGAAGCCUAAGCUUCUGGAAGAAAUGAUAUAGUAGUGGGAGAAAAGAAGGUUUCAGGAUCUGCAUAUUAGUUAUCUUUAGGAACAAAGAUAAAUCCAAAUAAGAUUGCAUUGCAUCAUGGAACUAUGUUGAUUGAUGUUGAUUAAAAUGCCUUAGCACAAUAUUUAACACCUUCAAAGAAGAAAUUAGAAAGUAAAGGCAUUGAUUCUGUUAAAUCUAGAGUUUCUAAUCUUAAAGAAAUAAAAAACACAAUCACAGUUUAACAAUAUGAAGAAUAAUUAAUAAAUGAAUUCAUAAAAAAAUAUAAUGAUGUAGAAUUUAAGGAAUACAAUUCUGAUUAGUUAUUGAAUAUUGAAGAAAUUAGGAAGGAAUCAGAAAGAUUAUCAUCUUGGGAAUGGUUAUAUUAAUAUACACCUUAAUUCACAGUUAAUUUAGAAGAGAAACUUAAAUUUGGAAUGUUCGAUUUUUAUCUUUAAGUUGAAUCAAGUAUUAUAUAAGAUGGUAGAGUUUUUACUGAUUGUCUUUACCCAGAUUAUAUAACUUAAUUGAAUUAAGUUAUUCUUAAUAAGAAAUAUGAUUUUGAUGGGAUUAAACAAAUAUUUAAUGAAAUGAGAAUGUUAUUCCCAUAAUUAAAUGAACUUUCAACAGAAUUAGAAGAAUGGUUAUUGAAAGCAAUAUGA